CCGCAACCUGUGAGUUACCUAAUACAUAUUGAAAGUUAAAGUAAAAAGCACCUAUGAGGCCGCCAUUUGUAGACAACUGGAUCAUGAAGGAGAACAAUCUAUGUCUUUCUGUGAAAUAUGUUGAGCAACAGUAAACUGCCUUGGACUUUCAUCCGCCGUCAUUUCUGAGGAACCGAUGGAAAUCUCCUGACGGCCUGGGGAGAGUGAAGAAAAUAUGGAGGAAGACAGGCUUUUAGGAGCAGCAUCUCCUGCUCCAAGCCAACUCUCCUUGAGAAGUGACCAUUCCAUGUAUCGACCAAUCGGAUUUACAAAUGGUGAUCUCAGGCUUUUGGGAGCAGCAUCUCCUGCUCCAAGCCAACUCUCCUUGAGAAGUGACCAUUCCAUGUAUCGACCAAUCGGAUUUACAAAUGGUGAUCUCAGUGGUAAACAGGAGAGGGUGGGGUCACCGUGUCUGUCCAUGAAGAGUGAUUGGUCCAUGGACAGGCCCAUUAUGUUUGGAAAAGGUGCCAGUUGUAAUCAGGAGAGGGUGUGGUCACCGUGUCUGUCCAUGAAGAGUGAUUGGUCCAUGGACAGGCCCAUUAUGUUUGGAAAAGAUGACCGUGAGCUGACAGCCAGUCUACUGACAGAGGACCACUUCAGAUGUUCAGUGUGUACAGAGGUUCUCAAAGAGCCAGUCUCCAUCCCAUGUGGACACAGUUACUGCAGACAGUGCAUUGAGACCUACUGGAACCAGCCUGACCAGACAGGAGAGUACGACUGCCCCCAGUGCAGCAAGAGAUUCAGAACACGUCCUGACCUCCUCACUAACUCAGCCUUGGAGAAGGUGAUUGAGAAACUCCACCAGGCAGGGUUCAAGGUCCCUGCUCUUCCCAAGUACUGCUACGCUGGACCUGGAGAUGUGGCCUGUGAUCUCUGCACUGAGAAACAGCUCAAAGCUGUGAAGUCCUGUCUGACCUGCACUGCCUCCUACUGUGAGAGCCAUGUCAGACAUCACUACACCGUAGCAGCUCUGCAGAGACACACCCUGGUGGAGGUGACUGGAAACCUGGAGCAGAAACUGUGCCAGCUGCACCACAGAGCUCUGGAGGUCUUCUGUAAGACAGACCAGGUUUCUGUUUGUCUGGUGUGUGCCUUGCAGGACCACAGAAACCAUGAUGUCAUAAAGAAUGAGAGAGAUACUGAAGAGGAAACCACCAAAACUCAGGAGGAACAGAUUGCCUCCAGGCUGGAAGCUAGACUCCAGAGAGAGAUCACGAUUCUACAACAUAAUACAGAGGAGCUUCCUGCUGACAACUCUGAGCAGAACGUCAAGAACACUACCAUUGAGCUGAACAAUCCUGCCAAGCAUUUCUGCAGAGGCCUGACUGAAGACUGGACAUCAGACAGUGUUGUGGUGGCUGCCCUCGGUCGUCCCUUAGAUCUUGGGAUGUUGUAUGACUGCCGCAGUGACUCAUUUUGUUCAGAUGUCAGUCUUUGGGAUAACAGUACAAUAGCCUUCAUGCGUCAGUCUCUACCGCGGCCUCUCACAGAGGUGAAGUGUAUUGAAGGAGACUCCCUUCAGGACAGAUUCAGGGCUCUGGAUGUGACCACUCCUCUCAGAGCCAGUGUCCUGUCUGGACUGGUGGAGGUUGGUGGUGCUGCUGGAUACCUGAACCAUCCUGUUCAGUCCACACUGCAGGACCGGGUCACUCUACAGUACAGAACCACUACCAGACUGGACAUGCUCAGUCACAGGGUGCUUCAGGAGGAGACAGACAGAACACAACGAAAGGCAACUCAUGUGGUCAUGGCUGUCCUCUAUGGAGCUCAAGCAUUCUUUAUCUUUGACAGCAAACAGAUCAGCGGACAACACAGUGGUGCAGGAGAGGCGGAUAUGCACAAUGUUGUGAAGAGGAUGAUGCCCACCUUCAGUGCAGAUCAGAUCUUUUCCGGCUUGAGUGACGAUGAAAAACCAAACAGUUUGUUGUAUCAGUGUACUCUCUACAGUGAUGUAGACCAUAUCAAUGGCUCCAUGACGUGUGACAGAGCUCUGCAAGUCUAUGAAACUCUCCCGAAGCACCUUGGACAGCAAGGAGAGAAAGCAGUGCCUCUGUACGCAUGGCUCUAUCCUCUGAAGAAUCUGGGACAUUCAGUUGAAAUCAUGCUCCUAUUGUUCACCAAGGCAGAGUGUGUGCUGGACCAUCUGAGGCAGGCCACCAUGAGAUGCCAGGAGAUAAUGACAGACUCCACCAAUAGUUGUGUGAUGAAAUGGUUUCCUGAUCUGACGUAUAAACUGUCUAGAUUAUCAGAGCUUCUGCAGAAGUACUGGUCAGAGUUUAAGAGAGAGCUGUCCAUGGCAGUAAAGACCAUGAGAGAGAGUGAAGGGGUGGAUGAAAACCGACUGAGAGACAUUCUCCAGAACCAUGACCAGUCUCCGUUCUGUCCUCAGUCCGUACAACUGUGGCUAAACAACAAGGCAGCGGAGGUGAAGGCUCUGAAUGUCUGUAAAACAAGAAACAUCCCCAUAAUGAAAUCACAGGAAGAGCUGGACGGUGUCCUCAGAUCCUUAAAGGACAGGAUACUGUGUUUCACUCUGACCUCCCUGGAGGAUGAAGAUCCAUUCCUCUCCACCAUGGAGCAGCACAAACACUCUGUACCAGAGAACACAAUGAACCAAUCUGAUCUCACUGGACAGCAGGAGACACACUAUGUACAAGAGAACAUCGUGAACCAAUCUGAUCUCACUGGACAGCAGGAGAAACACUAUGUACAAGAGAACCGU